ACGUAUGUGUCAUGGCGCGCUCCAUCGAAAGUCUCUGCAGUUUCCGCAAAGUGGCGUGUUGAUUCUCUGCCUUUGGACUGUUAUUUAUUUUCGGACUGCUGGACAAGAUGCCUUCUGCAUCCUGUGAUGCACUAUUGGAUGACAUAGAAGAUAUCGUGUCACAGGAAGAUUCAAAGCCACAAGAUAGGCAUUUUUCGAGAAAGCAUGUUGUUCCAAAGGCACGAAGACGAAAUACCCAAAAAUAUUUGCAAGAGGAAAACUGUCCCCCCAGUGAUAGCACCAUUCCAGGCAUACAGAAAAUUUGGAUACGAACAUGGGGUUGCUCUCAUAAUAAUUCAGAUGGAGAAUACAUGGCUGGACAGCUAGCUGCUUAUGGCUAUACAAUUACAGAAAAUGCAUCAGAUGCAGAUUUAUGGCUCCUGAACAGUUGCACUGUAAAAAACCCAGCAGAAGACCACUUUAGAAACUCAAUUAAAAAAGCUCAAGAGGAGAACAAGAAAGUAGUGCUGGCUGGAUGUGUUCCUCAAGCCCAGCCUCGUCAGGACUACCUUAAAGGACUGAGUAUCAUUGGGGUUCAACAGAUAGAUCGUGUAGUAGAAGUUGUGGAGGAAACAAUUAAAGGUCACUCUGUGAGACUGCUGGGUCAGAAGAAGGAUAAUGGAAAGCGGUUGGGGGGAGCACGACUGGAUUUGCCCAAGAUUAGGAAGAAUCCACUGAUAGAAAUCAUUUCCAUCAAUACUGGGUGUCUCAACGCUUGUACCUACUGCAAAACUAAACAUGCCAGAGGAAAUUUGGCCAGUUAUCCAAUUGAUGAAUUAGUAGAUAGAGCCAAACAAUCUUUUCAAGAGGGUGUCUGUGAGAUAUGGUUGACCAGUGAAGACACAGGGGCUUAUGGCAGAGAUAUUGGCACCAAUCUCCCCACACUCCUGUGGAAAUUGGUUGAAGUGAUUCCUGAGGGAGCAAUGCUGAGGGUUGGCAUGACAAAUCCGCCCUAUAUUUUAGAGCAUCUGGAGGAAAUGGCGAAAAUCCUUAACCAUCCCCGAGUCUAUGCUUUCCUGCACAUACCGGUCCAGUCCGCCUCUGACAGUGUACUCAUGGAAAUGAGAAGAGAGUACUGUGUGGCCGACUUCAAAAGAGUCGUGGAUUUUCUGAAAGAGAAAGUUCCUGGAAUAACUAUUGCUACAGAUAUUAUCUGUGGUUUUCCUGGAGAAACAGAUCAGGAUUUUCAAGAAACAGUGAAACUUGUUGAAGAAUACAAAUUCCCAAGCCUCUUUAUUAACCAGUUUUACCCAAGACCAGGAACUCCUGCUGCAAAAAUAGAACAAGUUCCAGCACAAGUGAAAAAGCAGAGGACAAAAGAUCUUUCUCGGGUAUUUCAUUCCUACAAUCCAUACGAUCACAAGAUUGGUGAAAGACAACAAGUGUUAGUCACGGAAGAAUCUUUUGAUUCCAAGUUUUAUGUUGCGCACAAUCGAUUCUAUGAGCAGGUUUUAAUACCAAAGAACUCCUCAUUUAUGGGGAAAAUGGUUGAAGUGGACAUCUACGAAGCAGGCAAACAUUUCAUGAAAGGGCAGCCAGUAUCAGCAGCCAGAGUGUACACGCCAUCCAUCAGCAAACCCUUAGCCAAGGGAGAAGUCUCGGGUUUAACAAAGGAAUUCAGAAAUCAGCUUGGUAAUCACCAGGGUGCAGUAUUCCACACCCCUGCUGCAGCUCCACACACCCCAGAGAGUUCCAGAAUGGCACUGCAGAUACAGAGGCUGCAUCAAGGCUGGACACCGAGGAUGUCUGUGGGCAUGGCUCUGUUUGCUCUUCUUUUCGCUUUUUUGGUCAAGGUCUAUAACUGGAACACAAGCAAAUGAAGCAUCUGUGAUGAAGAAUAAAUUUCUAAUUAAAAUCUUCAAUGAACAGGAGGGUGACCAGAUCAGUUCUCAAAGGGGAAUAAUUCACAUGGGUCCCACUGCCCCCUCUUUAGCCACACUUGCUUUCAAUGAGGCUCCCCCGUCUCACAUUGAAUUGGGCUCAUUGGUCAUGUGACCUAAAACCUAAUCACAGCUACCAUAGCGUAUCUUUCAAAGGACGCUCCGUUGGGUUUAUUUUUAGCAAGAAAUGCAAGUGAUUGCAUUUGAUUUUUUUUAGUCUCCAAUCUUCAAGUCUGAACCUAAUAGUAUAGCGGCUCUGGUCAUCUUUGCCUUAUGUGGAAGAAUUUUCAAUCUUUAAUAAACAUUUUCGAGUGUA